AAGGCUGGUCCAUUUCCUUGAGGAAUGAAACACGUGCUCUUCAGUUCCUCCGAGAAGUGAAAGUGGCAGCCAAGAAUCCCGUCAUUCCUGUUAUCUGCUGGCUUCAUAACUCUGUGGAGUCACGGAGGUGGCGCUCCACGCCCGGCUGUCUUCUCAGGGAAUUCUGAACCGAAGCAGCCCCGGGAUGUCUCCGCUGCUGCCUCCCCUCCUGCUCCUCCUCCUUUCCACCCAGGACGCCCUGGCCCUGAGAAUCUGCUCCUUCAAUGUCAGGUCCUUUGGGGAAUCCAAGAAGGAAGACCAGAACACCAUGGAUGUCAUUGUGAAGACAGAAAAAGCCCAGUGGAUCCAAGGAUCGAACUCACGGAGAGGCACAACAUACAACUAUGUGAUUAGCUCUCGGCUGGGAAGAAAUACAUAUAAAGAACAAUAUGCCUUUCUCUAUAAGGAGAAGCUGGUGUCCGUGAAGAGAAGCUACCUCUACCGCGACGAUCAGGAUGGCGAUGAAGACGUGUUCUCCAGGGAGCCCUUCGUGGUCUGGUUUCAGUCGCCCCACACUGCGGUCAAGGACUUUGUGAUUAUUCCCCUGCACACCACUCCAGAGACAUCCGUGAAGGAGAUUGAUGAGUUGGUCGAUGUCUACAUGGAAGUGAAAGAACGUUGGAAAACAGAGAAUUUCGUUUUCAUGGGUGACUUCAACGCUGGCUGCAGCUACGUCCGCAAGAAGGCCUGGAAGAACAUCCGCCUGAGGACUGACUCCAGGUUCGUUUGGCUGAUCCGGGAUGGAGAGGACACCACCGUCAAGGAGAGCACCCACUGUGCAUAUGACAGGAUCGUGCUUAGAGGACCCGAGUUGGUUGGCGCUGUGGUUCCCGACUCCAGCGGCAUCUUCAACUUCCAGGAGGCAUAUAAGUUGACUGAAGAGGAGGCCUUGGCUGUCAGUGACCACUUUCCCGUUGAAUUUAGAUUGCAGACUUCGAGGGUCAUCACCAGCAACAAAAAGGCAGUCCCUCCCAAGAAGAAAAAGACCCGCCGCUCCUAGAUGCCCGGGCGCUCGUUCCCCUAAGCAUGUCUUGCCUCUGAACACACAGCUUUAGCAAAGAUGAUCUGCUGCCUGCGCUCAGGACGCGAGGCUGGUCCCACAGCUUUCAAUUCCCAACUCAAAUUCAAUCCCACUGGAGCCAGAUGGGGAGCAGAGCCCUCCUAGGCCCCGGGCCCCCUGGAAUGGUGCAAAAGGAAACG